UGCCCCCCAAACCCGACCCCCGUGGGGCCAAGGGCACCUUGGAGGGGCCGGGGCAGCGGGCUCUGGCCGCCCUGGACAUCCCCCAGCCUGCCGCGACCCCCCGCCGCCCGCUGCUCAGCCAGGCCACCUGGGGGGGCACCGAGGGCCCCCCGGAGGGAGGCAGGGCCCCCCCGCCGCCUCUGGACCCCCCCACAGCCUCCCCGCACCCCUCGGCCGGCGCCCGCCGCCUCCGCCUGGCCGGCCCCAAACCCCCCAAAGCGGGGGGCGGCGGGGGGAGCCGCGGGACCCCCGAGCCCCGGGCGGGCAAAGCCCCCGGCAAAGCGGCCGGCAGCCGCCUCUCGUGGCCUGAGGGAGAGGGAAAGGGGCGCCCCAAGGCGGGGGGCAAGAGCGAGGGGCCCCCCCGGGCCCGGCUGUCCCCCAGCAAGGGCAAGAGCAAGACCCUGGACUACAGCGACCUGCAGCCGGGGGCUCUGGUGCCCGCCCCCGCCCCCGAGACCGGGCUCAAGCGGGGACGCGAGGGGGGUCGCGCCUCCACCCGCGACCGAAAGAUGCUCAAGUUCAUCAGCGGCAUCUUCACCAAGAGCCCUGCGGCGACCCCCACCCACCCCGCGCCCCCCUGGUCUCCCCCCGGCGCCGACCCGGCCAGUGCCACCCCCCACAAGGCCUUGGUGAACAGCCAGGAGUGGACGCUGGGCCGCUCUAUCCCCGAGAUCCGCCUGGGCGUCCUGGGCAGCAGCAAAAGCGGGAAGUCAGCGCUUGUCCAUCGGUUCCUCACCGGCUCCUACGUGGGCUUGGAGCCCACCGAGAGUGGCCAGUUCAAGCGUGAGGUGACGGUUGAUGGCCAGAGCCACCUCCUGCUCAUCCGGGAGGAGGCCGGCGCCCCGGACGCACAGUUUGCCAGCUGGGCGGACGCCGUCAUCUUCGUCUUCAGCCUGGAGAGCGAGAGCAGCUUCGAGGAGGUGACGCAGAUGCACGCGCUGCUCAGCGACCUCCGCGGCACCAGCGAUGUGGCCCUGGCGCUGGUGGGCACCCAGGACAAGAUCAGCUCGUCCAGCCCGCGGGUGGUGGAGGACGCGCGCGCCCGGGCGCUCUGCGGGGACGCGCGGCGCUGCCUCUACUACGAGACCUGUGCCACCUACGGCCUCAACGUGGACCGGGUCUUCACCGAGGUGGCCCAGAAGGCCGUGGCGCUGAAGAAGCAGCAGCAGCUGAUGGCAUCCUGCAAGUCCCUGCCCAGCUCCCCGAGCCACUCAGCUGCCUCCACCCCGGUGGGGGGUGUCCACCCCAGCCAGACCAGCAACGGUGGCCACACCAGUGACUACUCGUCCUCGCUGCCCUCCACCCCCAACGUGAGCCACCGGGAGCUGCGCAGCGAGACCCCGGCCCCGCUGGGCACCCCCAGCUCGCUGCACCGCGGGGCCAAGCGCCGCACCAGCCUCUUCGCUACGCGCCGUGGCAGCGACUCUGAGAAGCGCAGCCUGGACAGCCGAGGCGAGGGGGCCGGCAGCGGCCGUGCCAUCCCCAUCAAGCAGAGCUUCCUGCUGAAGCGCAGCGGCAACUCCCUGAACAAGGAGUGGAAGAAGAAAUACGUGACCCUGUCCAGCAACGGCCUCCUCUUCUACCACCCCAGCAUCAACGACUACAUCCACAGCACCCACGGCAAGGAGAUGGACCUGCUCCGCACCACGGUCAAGGUGCCCGGGAAGCGCCCGCCGCGCGCCAUCUCCGCCUGCGGCCCCUCGGCCAGCAUCAACGGGCUGCUGCGGGACCCCGAGCCUGGCGCCGCUGUCCCCUCGGUGGGGCUGAGCCUGCCCCCCGAGCCAGGGCUGAAGGUGGUGGGCAAGGGGUCCCUGCAGCGCUGCGCCUCCGCCUCCGGCGCCAAGCUGGCCUCGGAGUCCCCGCUGUCCUUUGAGGCCGUGUCCAGCCCUGGCAGUGCUGGCAGGGACCCUCCGCCCUCGCCGCUGGUGGACAGGAAGAAGCACCGGAGGAAGAAGCUGAUGACGCCGUCCAAGACCGAGGGCUCGGGUGGGCAGGCAGAAGAGGAGGAGAACUUUGAGUUUCUGAUCGUGUCGAGCACGGGGCAGACGUGGCACUUCGAGGCCGGCAGCUUCGAGGAGCGCGACGCAUGGGUGCAGGCCAUCGAGAGCCAGAUCUUGGCCAGCCUGCAGUGCUGCGAGAGCAGCAAGAACAAGGCACGCAUGGACAGCCAGAGCGAGGCCGUGGCCAUCCAGGCCAUCCGCAAUGCCCGUGGGAACUCGCUCUGCGUGGACUGCGGGGCACCCAACCCCACGUGGGCCAGCCUGAACCUGGGCGCCCUGAUCUGCAUCGAGUGCUCGGGCAUCCACCGCAACCUGGGCACGCACGUGUCGCGCGUGCGCUCGCUGGACCUGGACGACUGGCCCCGGGAGCUGACCCUGGUGCUCUCGGCCAUCGGCAACGCCACCGCCAACAGCAUCUGGGAGCAGAACCCGCGCGGGCGCUGCAAGCCCACCCACGAGUCCUCCCGGGAGGAGCGGGAGUCGUGGAUCCGUGCCAAGUACGAGCAGCGGCUGUUCCUGGCGCCGCUGCCCGCGGCCGAGGCGCCGCUGGCCGAGCGGCUGCUGGGGGCCGUGGGCCAGCAGGACCUGCCCGCGGUGCUGCUGCUGCUGGCCCACAGCCACAAGGAGCAGCUCAACGUGCCCACGGCCGACGCGGAGCGGCGCACGGCGCUGCACCUGGCCUGCGACACCGCCCAGGUGGUGGUCACCCAGCUGCUGGUGUGGUACGGGGCCGACGUGCGGGCCCGGGACAGCCACGGCCGCACCGCGCUGUUUUACGCCCGCCGCGCCGGCAGCCGCGAGUGCGCCGACAUCCUGCUGCAGCACGGCUGCCCCGGCGAGGGGCCCGGAAGCCCACCGACCCCCGGCAGCCCCCCGACCCCCGGCCCUCCGACGCCCGGCGGCCCCCCGACCCCCGGGCCCCGCCGCCGCAGCAGCUGCGCCAGCGUGGGCCCCUGCGAGCCCCGCUCUGCCCUGGUAUAGCCCGAAGGGGCCCGGAGCCCCCCGGUGCCCUCGGCCGUGCGCGCCCGCGGCCCGGGGUCAUCCCGGUGCCACCCCCGGGCUCGCCCCUUGCCCACGGUUUGUACUUUUGAUGCUCUAUUUAUUAUCCUUUCCAUGUCGGGGUCUCCGCUGGUCCUGUCCCCCGCUCUGUGCCAGGGACCCCCACGCCAGGGGUCACAGUGAUGCCACUGCCACCUUCCUGUCCCCUCCCCGGGGUAUUGUGCCCCAGCGUGGGGUGGGCACAGCUGGGGUCGGGGUACUGACGGGGGGUAGCCCCUGCCCACGUCACUCCUUGCCCGUGCCAUCCCCUGUCCCUGUUACCCUCACCCCCCCAUCGUCCCUGCUCACAUCACCCUGUCCUGCCCCCGUCCCCGUUCCCGCGUGCUGUGUCCCCAUCCCUUUGUCACCUCCCCAGCCGCGCCCCCCUCCCCAAGUCACCCUCGACACCCACUCUGUCCUGCCCCCAUGUCCCCCCCGGCCGUGCCCCCCCCCGCCCUGGCGCAGCCCCGGCUCGGUGGCAGGAGCAGAGCAGACCCCGACCCCCCCUCCUUUUCUACAACAACCUUUUGUACGCCCCCUCCCCCCUUCCGUGGCCUGCCACCCCCCCCGUGGCCCGCCCCCCCCCGCCCCCGGUUUCUCGGCGUCCCCUCGGGAUCCCCGUUAAUUUAUUGCUUUGUUUAGCGAUAGGAUAGAGCCAGCCCCUCCCCCCGCGGGGGGGCACCGCCGGCGGGACCCCCGACCCCCUCCCGCCGGCCUGGGGGGGGCCGCCGCGCCCCCCUCCCGGGACCGCCCAUGAAUGUAGGGGCGCCCCAGCUGUGACGCCCCCGAGACGCCCCCGCGGGGCCGGCGGGGCCGAGCCAGGGAGCCCGGGGGGGGCCCGGGGGGAGGGAGGGGUCGGUCGGGGGGGCCCAGGCCCGGGGGGGCUCGGGGGGCCGGGCCGUGUACAGCGUUUUCAUCUCUCGGGUGUGACUGUAAGUACGUGACAAUGUCGGACACUGGUGCUGUGA